CUUACUUCUUGAAAAUAACGUUGCUGGUUCAACAUAGGGAAUACAAGAUGAAUACUUUGGCAACCAUUAUAUGCUUAUUGAUCAGUUUGGUUUGUUGUGCAGGAAGGAAAAGCGAAUCUGCGCCAUGUAAUAUAUACGGAAAUGGGUUGGUUGAUGGUCUGAGUGGUUUGGAGGUUGAUACUAUAGCGACUGGAUGUCUGAAUGGUACGAUUAACUGGAGCUACCCCAGGGGACGAUUGCUUUUGAUUUUUCGAUUAACGGGAAAUAGUGCUGGGUCAAGAGUCUGUCUUCAAACCAGAUCUAAUAUUGGAAGAAUCAUAGAGGUUCCGACGCAACAAGUUUUAACUCCGAUAGGUGGCUGGUAUUGUACGUCAUAUAGAGCCGGAUACUACACAAUACUUGAGUUUACACCGAGACCGAGGCGUUUUCUGUACAGAGCUACAUACGAAUAUACUAUAGAAGAGCAAUAAUAGUUAUAGAGCGAAUUACAUCAACAGAAUGAAAUCCAUGUGAAAGGGAAUUCCAAGAGAUUAGAAUGCACAUAUGAUAUAUUCUUUUCUAUAAUACAAUUGCACUGACUAAUUUAUUAAUACACCAUAGCGCAUGUUCUGGGUUGGUCUUGCGAUUUUUAAGGAUUCGGUCAAAACUUUAUACACAUGUUGUACUUGACGUGGUCCUUUUAAAGAUAAGAGAGACUCGGUGCUCUUGGCGUUUAAUGAGUCGUUUACCGACUUUCAGCUAAUUUGUAAUUUGUUAUAACGUAGAAUUUUUUCUAAAGUUAAUUAAAAUACAAUGAGAAAUUUGUAAAAAUAUGCAAAUAAAUGCCUUUGUUAAAUUGU